AUGACAGCGCCCGAGACCGGGGCCUUGCCGAGGGGAGCCAAUGUGAUCAAGCUGAGCCAGCGAGAUCUGCUCGACUAUCGGGCGGUGCAGCGCACCUUUGAUGGCGCCUAUGCUCGCACUGCGCUCGGCCAGCUCUGCUAUGCCAUCGUCAUUCUGCGUCUCUUCCAGCCCAAGUUCUUCUAUGUCGGCCUCGUCUAUGCCAUCCUCGGCAUUGGUUUCAUUCCCGUUGCCAUCUUCCGGUACCAGAUGGCGGUCAGCAACACCAAUCGCUUCGUCGCAUUGCAGGUUGUCGACGGCCAUCCAUCUGAUGCAGUAGAGCAUGCUCCGCCUGCCGCCUCCGACCCAACGGAAUCAAAUGCCGCGACGCUCACUGCUCCGCAUCCUGUCGACUCUGUGUCUCAACCCGAGACACCAGGAUCGGCUCCACUCGCAUCUCGCACGGUGCUCCGAGAGAGCUUCGUGACGGCAGGCUCAGUCGUGGCAGGGGCCACCGUCUUUGUAGGUCUGGCGGAGGUGGCACUGCUGGUCCUCAUUCUGCGUGUGUAG